UUCACGCCCCACCUACACCAGGUUUCGAGCGGGCGUAGGGGUUCGGCACCCACUCGCCCCUCGUCCCAGUCACGGGCGCUUCACAGGCAACCGCGCGCUGCAGGCCCGGGCCCGCGGAGUAGGAUCGGCUAGUCGGGACUGCCCUCAGCUAGUCCUGGUGCAUGCGCGAAAACUGCUCUCAGGUUCCCUUCCCCAUACGGGCUCGCUCGGGGCUGCUUAAGCCUGAGCCUCCAAGAGGGGACCGUCUCCGGCUUGACCUUUCUCGUCGUCCCAUGCCAGGGUUCCCCGCAUUGUCUCUCCGCGACCCCCGCGUCUCCUGCCUCGUCACCGCGUGCGGGCAGCCGGGCUGGGAUGGGGGAGGAGCCCUGACGAAGCGCGUGGGGCUGUUCCCUGCGGGUGGCCUUUGGAGCAAACCCCAGCCUGUUUGGUCCACCUAGGACCUGUGCUGAUGCUGAGGCCACUGGAUGGGUGCGGGGGUCGGCACAGUGCUGGGUGCUUUUCCCACUUUGCAGCCCGUGUCGAGAACAUGUGCCAGCUCUUUAUGCGCCCGUCGGUUUAGACCUCCUAAAUCAAGACCCUGGAGCUGGACUGGGGCUGCUCCCUGGUGGGCUUCCCAGAGGUCGCGACCACAGUGGUCGCACCCAUGGUGGCAUCUGCUACAGUGUUUCUAGGGCCACAUGAGGCUGCCCACCUCCUGGUGCCCACCUCAGCCUCCAAGGGGGUGUUCCCCCUACCCAGACCCCAAGAGGCCAGCCACUUGACCCAGGCAGUCCAUCUGUUCCCAUCGACCCACUUUGGCCACCGUCUGGACAGGCGUAUAGCAGGCGUUCAACAGCUGCGCUGUUUGUUUACUGAUGUGGCUGUAAACAGGCUCGCCCCUAGCCUUACCCCAAUUCCAGGAGCAUUUCAGACCAGGGACGCUGGGCCCCCUUGACUGUCAUCAGUCAUGGUUCAUGCCACUGCUCAGAAGGACACAGGCUCUAAGCUGGCAUAGACAGGGGUUAGACCCCACUCUUUUUUUUUUUUUAAAUUUUUGUAUUAAGGUAUUACCAAUAUACACUCUUACGGUUUCACAUGAAAAAACAGUGUGUAGGCCCCAGACCCUUGUGGGGCACAGGAGAUGUACCCAGGGGCCAAGGCCCAGAGUACCUGCAACCUGUGGCCCUUACCUGUGUCCUCCACCCAGCUACGUGCCGAGGAGCAGCAGCCUCUGGCCUCCCACUGGGGUCUGUGGGGGUGGGGAGUAGCUACGUGGGGAGCCUUCCUGGUCCCUCACACACUUCCUGCUCCCAUUCUGGGCUUCAGGCCAACACUGAGCGGCUGGGUCUUUCUCUAGACACCAGUUCGAGACCCAGAACGUAGUCGUGCUGUGCCCUGUAUGGAAGACCUCCUUACCUCAGUCUGCCCCUCUUCGCAGCUGCAUCCUAACUGAGCCAGGCAGACAUUAGGAGUCUAGGACUCAGAUCAUUUACUCUUUAGAACAACCUUGUUAGGUAGGCACUCCCAUUUUAUAGAUGGUUAUGGAAGCCCAGAGAGGUAAAGUAACUUGCCCAGUGUCACACAGCAAAAGGGGGCAGAACUGGGAUUCUAAGGUAGGUGUCCCCAGAAUCUUACCUUUCCUCCCUCAGUUGGCCUCUCUUCUUUCUCUGCAUCGUAUCUCCCCAAGUCUGGGGAUCCUUGCACAUGGAAUGUGCCCAAGAAAUAUUUGCUCAAUGAACAAAAGUCUAGUCAACUCUGCUUUUUCACUGGAUCCGGCAUGGUCCAGAGAGGGGCUCUCCCUGCCCUUUAGGUCCCUCCCUCUUCAAAGAUAAGGCUGCUGAGCCACAAACAACAUAAUUAUCAACUAGGGGGAGGGUUGCUAGUCUCUGUGAUUCCAAGCCUGCUCAAAUAAAAGAGUAAGUGAAGGGACCAGCAAGCUUAUUUAUCACUCCCCACCUCCUGCAGGGCUGUCUGACUGUGUCUUCCUCUCAUGACUCUUUGGCAGACAAGUUUAUCUCUUCCACUGCCCUGGCCUCCCCCCGCUCUGGCUACUGACCAGCAUGUCAAAAGCUGGGCUUACUGGGGCAGGUGGUUUGGCUGGGAUGCUUAUUACAGGAGUGGGAAUUCUGGACCUCAAGGUAGCGGCAGAAGCCUGGACCAGUCGACCUGCUGGGUGGGAUAGCCUAUGUCUUUACCCCAUUUUCAGUUUUCUCAGUUAUAAAUCAAGACCACAUGUUCAAGGUGGCUAUGCAGAAUUGGGGGUGGGAGAGUGGGGCAGCAGGGCAAAAUAUCCAGGACUGGGUUGGCAAUGCUGGAUCCGAUCCCGACCCAUCCCCUCACUUGUGGUACUUGGGAUAAAGAGUAGAGGAAAGAAACUGGGCUGGAUUUGGGAACCUGGGAACAGGGUCUUAAUAGAGGGUCUCAGGAGCUUGGAUUAAGGCUACUACUGGAAACAUGUUUUGGAAAUCCAAGUAUCUAGAAUUAGUGGGUGCAGGAUCUCAAAUUUUGGAGACCACAUAUAUGAAUUCGUAGUGGCUGCGAUCUGGGAUGCGAGACACAAAUUGGGGGGGAAACGGGUGCCUGGAUAUGGUGGUGGGGGGAAUCUAAGGCCUUCACUGGAGAAACAAGAGACCUGGAUCUGGAGGCGAUCCAGAAGCAGGCAUUGGAGAGGACUAGGGCCUAAUAAUACUGGGGGCAUGAAGUAGGGGAGAGCCAGGUAUCCGGGUUUGCCGUAACUAGAUGGGAAGUUAGGAAACUAGGUCACGCGGCCGAGCGAGCCGGCACUUAGGGGCGCGGGCUUUCCCCAGUCCUGCCCGUGGGUCUUGCGGACCGCUAGUACCGGGGCCGGAAGCCCCGCCUCCCCCUGAAAUGACCAAUCAGCAGCGUCCGGGUGAUGGGAGGGCGGAAUGACCGGAGGCGUCUCCAAGGCAAUGGCGAAUUGCGUGAAUGCUCCAGCUUCAUCCGAAGCUGAAGUCUCCACACUCAUCCUCAAAGGGCAGGUUUGGCGGUCGCCAUGGUGACCGGGAAGCCCAGCCACGCCCCCGCCCGAAGGAAAGCGGGGGCAGGGCGCUGUGUCCGGAUUCCUCUGGGGAUCACUUACGGGGGAGAGGGGCCCUGGACGCCGCUACGGCCCGAGGCACCACCGAGAUGGCCGUCCCGGGCGGCCGGAGCAGCCCAGUCAGGGCGCCACUGGGACUAGCGGCCGGACUCCCUGCACCUGGGUUCAUAGUCACGAACUGUUGGGAUGGCCAGUGCCCGUGGACAGGUGGGACCCACGGCCGCUUGCUCCUCAGGAAACUCGCGUCCGUUCUUGCGAAGCCGCGACGUGCACAUACUGAUCCCACAGCCUGUGACUGUGUCACUUCACAUGGCAAGAGAGACUAUGAGAUCCUACAGCCAGGACGCCAUGUUGGGGGCUGGCCCCAGGAUAGAGGCUUGGGCUCGGAGCUCCAGACAGGGAGGCGUCCCCAAGCCAGAGCCCAGGGGACAGGAGAGCCCCCAGAUGGAACCGAGGCCUGUGGCAGAGGCUCCAGCAAAGAGACGCCUGUCUCAGAAGGGAGAUCUGCACGGAGGGACGGCAGGUGGCCAGAUGACUCCCCACGGCGGAUGCUCCGGGAGCUGGGGCCGCGGCAUGAGCCCAGCCCAGGCACCCGUCAAAGCGCAGGGGCAGGACUCCUGGUGCAAGAGCCAAACGGCCCUGCCUCCUCUCGGGACCCUGACCUGGCCCCUCCCCAGGGGCUGCAGGCUAAGGAGGGCUCCGGCGCAGCGCUGGCUCGUGGCUCGCCCCUCCGUGCGCCUCCUCGGCGGUCCCCCCGUAGCAUCCCCUCCUCCGGCUCCUUCGUGCCUCCACCCAUCCCUGGUCUUGGUCCUCGCGCCUGGGCGGCGCCACCACUACUUCCCUCACCGAGUCAUUUGUGCUCAGACCGCAGCCCCCCGCGGGGUCCCCCUCCGCCCAAGCAUGCAACCCCACCCUCGCCUGCUUGCUGCGGUCCAAGCCCAGCUUCCCCUGGGACCAAAGCCCUCGUGGGGCAUCCUCUGUGCAGCGUGCCCCCGCUUUAUCCACUCUGUAUUUUUUCGCCCCGUGCCACGUAGGUAGAGCCCAGGCUUUGGGGGCUGGAGGGAGACACAAAUAGUCACCUGGGCCUCGUCGGCUGAGAGCCCAUUGUUGGGGGCGUGGGAGACAGCCCGGCCGGGAGGUGACCUCUGACCUGACCGUCACACGUGAGUAGGCGUUCCGGGUGGGAAAUCGGAGGGCCAGGCUUUCCCGCAGAGAAGGCCCAGGGGGCGGGUGCGAGGACGGUGCGCAGGGGGAGGGUGAAGGCCGGCGGGAAGGGCCUGCAGGGGCGUGGGUGCCGUCCCGGGACGCCGGACUCCCAGGCCAGGGGCCCCACCGGCGCGACAGGGGGCCCGGCGGCCCCGAAGCACAGUGCCGGCCGUUGGGUCAGUCCUGCCGGGGUCCAUCUUAAGCGGGUGCAGCCCCUGGGGUCAGAUCUUCUGGUCCUGCAAGGCACAAAUGGAAAUUGUUAUUGAAUUCUGAUGACUCCUUUACACUUUUAUUUUGAGAUAAUUGUAAAUUCACCUGCUGUAAGAAGUAAUACAGGGGCGCCGCCGGCCUCGCGGGGAGGGGCGCCCGGGGGUCGCAGGCCGCACACGCGCCCGAGCCGGGAGACAGCCGCCGAGUCCCACCAGACCGGCACCCGAGCAAGUGAAGAGGUUAAAGAUUUCUGCCAGAGCAAGAAAUGGAAAAUACAGAUGUCUGAAGGUAUCUAUUGAAAAUGAGGAACUUGUGAUUGGACCAUGCAGUCGAGACAGGGACCGUGGGGUUACACAGUAGGGUGAGGGCCUCCAGGAAAAAAAGCGAAGCAGGUUAACCACAGUCAGAACAAUGUAACAAUGUGCAAAGAAACCCCUACCAGAACUCCGUGUUAAACAUUAAGUCAGGGUCACAUUAAUUCUCUAAACAAAAAUAUCAAACUAGGAAUAUAAGCAUUCUUCAGUGAGAUUAGUUAAACCUAAAAAGCCAGAGUAACUUGGCCUGGAAUAUUUGAAUAUCCCCCAGAUAAGAAAAUACCUCAGCAUAACCCCUGUCUUCAUUGUGUCAAUUAAAUGAGGCUAUUGUAAGAUCUACUUAAGAUGCUAAAAGGCCCAUCUUAUUUUUUAACUUUAUCCAGAUGCUGCUUUUCCUCUUCCAGCCCUAAUCAAAUAAUCUGCAACCUGGGCAUUCGAUUUGGCAAGCAAGCCCAGUCAUAAACAACAUAGUAAAAACAGGAAGGAUUCCAUCUUAAUGAUAAGAUUGCAUUUUAAAACCCAAGAAGUUAAAAAGGAAGUUUCUUAACAUACUCUGUAACAAUCAGACAACAACUCAGUCCACCUUGGGAGCAGGGCAGCAAGUCUUGAUUGAUGCUCUCCCAGACCAAGAAGCUGCUCUACUGGGAGUGAAUCAGAGCAGUAAAUUCCUGGUGUUAAACUAAAUUGGCAGAACAACCCAGAGGACUGACAAGAAACUUAAUGUCUCUUCAAAGAUAAACAUUUUGGGACCAUUUAGCAGGUCUGCAUCCCUAGCCCUUUGUCACUCAACUGCUUAUAAAUCCCCUAGACAAUGCACCACCUUGGGCUCUCUUGUCCCAGGAGCUCUGUCCUCUCACUUUAUCUCUAAAUAAAAGCCUCUCCCUGGCUCUCCUGCCUUGAGUGUUUGCUAAAUUCAUUCUUUGACUCGGUGAACAAGAACCCUGGCAUCAUAGUCAGCCUUCAGAUUCAAAGGAUUAUGAUUCCUUUGUUUUACCCCUGUUGGAGGAUGAACAACCAUGCUUUAUAUUAUUCAGAUUAGAUACCAAAAAUGCCCAGGGAUAUGAAUGGAUAUUCAUUGGGUGGUCUCCAGAUCAUUCUCCAGAUCGUCAAAAAAUGUUGUAUGCAGCAACAAAAGCCACUCUGAAAAAGGAGUUUGGAGGUGGUCACAUUAAAUAUGAAGUAUUUGGAAUAGUAAAGGAAGAUGUAUCAUUACAUAGAUAUAAAAAAUAUUUGCUAUCACAACCUUCCCCUGCCCCAUUGACUGCAGCUGAGGAAGAAUUAUGACAGAUUAAAAUUAAUGAGAGAACCGUGAUGACUAAAGUGGAUAAAAUGUAAAUGAUAAGAUGUUUAGGAUUUCUAGAAGCACUAUGAAUUCACUUCUGUGAACACGACUUGGAUGGGUGCAGAGUGACAUGGGUGUGGACACUAAGCAUCAGACACUACAAGGAGUAGCAUUUCCAAUUUCUUUAGAAGCUUUUCAGGCUUUGGAAAAAAUAAGUAACAGCUCAACUAUGUGCAACCGGAAAUAAAUAUAAAAAAUGAAGUCAUAAUUUUGGCCAACACAACAAAUACAGAACUAAAAGAUUUGCCAAAGAGGGUCCCCAAGGACUCAGCAUGUUACCAUUUCUUUCUGUAUAAACACUGCCAUGAAGGAAA